AUGGCAGCGGCUGGCCUGAUCGAUCCGACAAAGACGGGCAACUAUCCCGUCAUCCUCGGCGAUGCUCUCUUAGGCAAGACAUCCAACGAGAUCUUCACCGGUAUCAAGUACUCGGCCCCCAACUUGGCUCGCAUAAAACCCUCUAUCCCCGGAAAGACGGCAUCCUACGAUCUCACAUAUACCGAUAACGACGCAAAGUAUGCAUUCACAGGGACAAGAAAUAAGGAUAGUGGCCAAUAUGUUCUUUACUUCGACCCCAGCCGCGAGGCCUUUAUCCUCGAUCUUGUCGACUCUACUUUCAACAUGAACGUCACCCGACUGCCUGGUAACGCCGAUGCUGACAGUCUCCGUCGUCAAUAUCCUCACAUUGAUAGUGCGUCAAAUAGCGCAUCAAAAACAAACACAAAGAUUGAAAAGAGUGCAUCCGACAAAUCCAAUGCCAAAGCACGCGCCAAACCCACCACACAGAAGAGGGAUAUCAAGCGCAAGCCCGAGAAGAAGCAGGCCCCCAGGAAUAUCGAGCUCUCAUUACCAGUACCUCAAUCCAACGAACAGUCAAAAUCUGCCGAACCCAAGAAGCGUACACCAGCCCCUGAAGAGGAGGACGAGGACGAGGAUGAUGACGAUGGUGGUCUUCUUGUCGAGUAUCCUGGCGCCGACCCCAACACAGCGCGUAGGACUGACUUCUCGCCUGCCUUCCCGUCUGUGCGCCGCUUUGAUGAAUUCAUGGAUCAGCGCGAGUCUGAAGGUGAUGAUGCCGAUGGCGAGGAAGAUGAUGAUCCAGAUUUUGAGUUCAAGCUGCCCAGCCCUGUCAACAACCGUAGCCAAUAUGACAAUGGGCCCGACCCUAUGGAUGUAGACGGGGAAGAGGAAGGAGAGGAAGGGCUAGAAGUCGAUCUCGCCAAAGAACUCGAGGACGCAUUCGAAAACCUGGAGAACAGCCAACAAGAAGACCCCGAUGGGGAUGAAAGCGAGAUUAGUGAAGAGGACUAA